AUGGUGUUCCUAGGCAUAUACCGCGCCAUCUACGACUAUGAGCCCCAGAGCAGCAAUGAGAUCGCCCUUGACGAGGGCGACAUCUUGAUGGUCCUGGAGAAGUCGACGAUUGACGCCUGGUGGAAAGCGAAGAAGAAGGGACGCGAUGGAGACGAUGAAGAGCCCGAGGGCUUGAUCCCGAACAACUAUAUUGAAGAGGCCGCACCCAUCGCCCGCGCCAAAGCCCUAUUCGAUUACGACCGCCAGACAGACGAAGAGCUCUCUUUCAAGGAAGAUGCCAUUCUAGACGUUUACGACACCACAGAUCCCGACUGGACACUGGUCGGAGUCGAAAGCGACUAUGGCUUUGCGCCUGCGAAUUACAUCGAGCUUACCGAAGACGAUGCGGCAGCACCAGCAGCACCAGCAGUGGCAUCUCCAGCGCUGCCAAGUCGCCCGCCAAUGCCGGCAGCGAGGGACUCUUUUGACGACGACCAGCCGCCUACUCCUGACACUCCCCCAACGCAGAGUCCCGCUGCCGCCCUGGCUGGCAUUAUACAGAAGAAGUCGCAAGAGGCAGCUCCGCGAUCGACCAUCUCCCCCCCACCUAAUGUAACCGCGCCUCCAAAACAACAACGACGCGUGCAAUUUCCCCCGGAAGAGUCGGACGAAGAAGCGCCACCGCCUCGUCUUCCCACGCGGCCCGAAUCCGAAAUACACUCGCCCCCACCGACUCAAUACACGCAUGCGCGGUCCCCAUCGCCUCCGGUCAGAUCGCCUCCACCCCGGAGCGUCACAUUUGACCAGUAUGAUCCUCCAAGUAGGGACGAGCAGCCCGCGACGCCCAUGUCCGGCUCUGGAUAUCGUCUGUACAACAUCUACGAGUACAUCACGCAGCCAGGCAAGAAUAAGAAAAUGCCAAUCACGCUGGGCGUCAACAUCCCGAAAGGAAUGAUUAUGAUUGCGCCCGAGAAGUCGCGCGAUGGACCACAACAGGAGUGGAGUGCAGAUAAGAUGGAGUACUACUCACAAGAGGGCAAGCACAUAUUCAUGGAGCUCAAACAGCCAAGCAAGAGCGUUGAUUUUCAUUGCGGCGCUAAAGACACUGCAUCUGAGAUAAUGCUGGCUCUUGGUGAGCUUGCCGGAGCCGCUAAGAGCGCAGGACUGCGCGAGGUGAUAGCUGCUGGCUCCGGAAAUUCUAAUGUGCAGAAGAAGGGUGUCAUGCUAUUCGAUUUCAUGGCACAGGGCGAUGACGAGGUUACCGUCGGUCUUGGCGAUGAGAUCUUGGUUAUCGACGAUUCUGCCAGUGACGAGUGGUGGAAAGUCAGGCGGCUCAAGAAUGGCAAAGAGGGUGUCGUACCAGCUAACUACGUUGAAAUUACAGAAACCGUCCCCAUACAUGCUCCUGCAGCCGCCAUGGCUCGAUCGGGAACCAACGCUGGCCGAUCCAUCGUCGAACAGAAUAGGCGGGAGGAAGAGGAGCUUGCUCGCCAGGCCUCAAGACGGAAGAGGCCAGAAAAUGAGGCAAGGAACGAUCAGAGAUCAUCAAGCAAGCGCGAAAGCUCCGCGAAAGACUCGAGUUCGAAGUCCUCGUCUAAGCCAAAUGCUGCCAAAGUACGCACUUGGACCGACCGCUCUGGAUCAUUCAAGGUUGAGGCAGAGUUUAUCCUGAUCAAGGAUGGCAAAAUUCACCUACACAAAGUCAAUGGCGUCAAGAUCGCCGUACCGGUCACAAAGAUGUCCGUAGAGGACCUCGAAUAUGUAGAACGCGUUACAGGAGAGUCUCUGGAUGACGACAAGCCUUUGUCGGAUCUGAAGAGGAGAAGCAUGCAGCAGCCUCGCCCAAAGGACUCUGGUCCAACCGGCAUUUCUGUCGAGAGGAAGCCAGAGUACGAUUGGUUUGACUUUUUCCUCAAGUGCGGCGUUAACCCCCAGAUCUGUGAACGCUACGCUAGGGCAUUUACCAAGGACGAAAUGACAGAAGAAAACAUACCAGAUAUUACUCCUGGGCUUCUGCGUACGUUGGGUCUCAAGGAAGGUGACAUUCUCCGUGUCACCAAGCACUUGGACGCACAGUUCGGAAGGGAUAAGCGAAAUGCUGAAGAUGGAGGAGAGGGAGCUUCUGGUGGCCUGUUCUCCGGCCCGGGAGGUGCACUGAGAAACAACACUCGUAAAGGACGUCCUGCACCGCCUGUUGAAACAAACGAUGUCGUUGACCCGAAAGCGUUUGAGUCAAAGUCCGAUGACACAGUCAAGAAGCCCGCAGAUGGUACCCCGACACCGCUGGCGUCCGCACCCACUCCUGACAAGACUGCAAAUGGAUUUGACGAUAAUGCAUGGGAUGUCAAGCCAUCAAAAUCUGCGUCCACCCCUGCGCCUGCAGCAUCUCCGCCAGCAGCACAAGCACCUGCAGCGAAACCACCCCAGCUGACCGGAUCUAUGAACGAUUUGUCUCUCUUGGAUAUGCCUGCGCUCAAGCCUGAUGAGAUUGCUCAGCCAACACCUCCCGCUCCGGCACCCCAGCCAACGCAAGCGCCUGUUCAACAGCCUCCCGCUCCCGCUCAGCAGCCACAACCGACCGGCGCUACCCCUACCCUGUUUGAACAGGUUGCGGCUAUUAAGGCUCUUACCCAGCCUCAAAACAUGGCUCCACCGCGUAUGCGGCCACAAGCUCCUCAACAGCAAAACACUGGUGGUCUCAUUGCUCCACCGCCGCAGCGGUCUUCCUCUGCCCCUAUGAAUCCGCAACAAAGUGCUUUUGGCCCUCCACCACCUCUACAACCUCAGCUCACAGGCUACAACCCCAACAUGAUGGGCCAGAACUCCGGACAGGGCAUGCCACCGAUGCAACAGCAAAUGACAGGCUUCCCACAGCAGAAUGGCGGUUUUGGGUUCCAGCAAAACGGCAUGAUGCCGCAACCCACAGGCUACAACUCCAUGUCUCCACCUCAGCAACAGCCCAUGCAGACUGGGUUUGCACAAUACCAACAACAGCAGCCAACCGGUUUCCAGCAGCCCAUGCAAACUGGCUUCCAACAGCAGCCCCACUUCACCCAGGGCUUCGGGAAUGGCAGUCCCUUUGCCGACCCACCACGCGCACCGUUCCAGCCCCUCCAGGCUCAGCCCACUGGUUACAACUCGUUCCAACCAUCCCCGCUUAACCCACAGGCGACUGGCGUCAACCGCUUCUUACCCCCGGCCCUUGCGCCACAGCCAACCGGUUACCAAAGCACUCCGCCUCUUCCUCCCAUGCCGCCAAUGCCUUCGAUGCCUACGGCUCAGCCUUUGGUGCCACAGAAGACCGGUCCACCCCCAAGCAUCAAGUUUGGUGUACAGCCCGCCAAGAAACUUACGCCUCAGCCGACCGGGAGGGCGAACCUUGCCAAUGCCACUCCUCAAAAUCCUUUCGGUUUCUAA